AUGUCUAAAGAAGACAGCAGCCCCAAUGAAAAGAUCGACAGUGAGAAUGGGUCCCCGGGCACCUACGAACAUGCGGAAGCCCCCAGACGGCGGAGCAGCAUCUAUGAUAUCGAAGGACGUCCGCCCAACCGGUUGAAUGCUGUCUUCGAGAACCCAUUGGCGGGCAUCCCGAAAGAUAAACUGUUUCAGGAUGUCGAUGCCUUCUGUUCAAAAUACAACUUGGACGAGUAUCGAGACACCUUCCGGAAGGGCGCCUUGGUGUCUCAGGAUCCCCACGCCGCCCAGAGCUUGCCGGAACUGGAGGUCUGGGAGAAAGAGGCACUCCAGCGUGAGCAUACUCACAAGUGGUCUCAGCCCUUUCCCCUCUACUUUAUGGCAACAAUGUGCUCUCUCGCAGCUGCUGUGCAGGGAAUGGAUGAGACGGUUAACAACGGAGCGCAGGCUAUCUAUCUCAAGCAACUAGGAAUAAAAGCCGAUCGCUUCUCGCCCCAGAUGCAAGACUAUAUCACAGGACUAGUUGUGGGCGCCCCCUACCUGGCCUGUGCCAUUCUGGGCUGUUGGCUCACUGAACCGAUGAACCGUUACUUUGCCCGGCGCGGAACAAUCUUCAUCUCGUGCUUUAUUGCAGCUGUCGCAUCUGUGUGGGAAGGUGUUUGCAACUCCUGGGUCAAUCUCUUCCUCGCCCGCUUCGUGCUAGGUCUGGGUAUCGGAUCCAAGUCUUCUACUGUACCGGUCUAUGCGGCGGAGUGUUCUCCAGCUCCUAUUCGUGGUGCCUUGGUCAUGAUGUGGCAAAUGUGGACGGCGUUUGGUAUCAUGCUAGGGAAUAUCAUGGGCGUGGCCUUUAUGGGCCUGUCCGAUGACCUCUCGUGGCGGUUGAUGCUCGGCUCGACGGUCGUCCUGCCUCUCAUUGUCUGCGCGCAGGUCUAUUUCUGCCCGGAAUCCCCCCGUUGGCUCAUCGAGCACAACAAGAUCGACAAGGCCUUCCGGGCAUUUCGCACACUGCGUCCGACUGACCUACAGGCGGCCCGUGAUCUCUACUAUGCAUAUGUCGGUGUCCAGCUAGAAAAAGAGGUCAACAAGGGAAAGAAUUUCUUUACCAUGUUCGUGGAGCUUUUUACCAUUCCGCGGAAUGCUCGGGCAACUUUGGCCAGCUGGAUUGUUAUGUUUUUGCAGCAGUUCUGUGGCGUCAACGUCAUUGCGUACUAUUCCACAACCAUCUUCACUGAGUCCGGCUACUCCAUUCAACAGGCCCUGCUAGUAUCCAUGGGGACCGGAAUCCUCAACUGGGUCUUCGCUCUUCCGGCUUUCUUCACCAUCGAUACCUGGGGUCGACGGAAUCUACUUCUCUUUACGUUCCCCUUCCUGGCGAUUUGUCUUUUCUGGUCCGGGUUCUCCUUCUGGAUCGAACCGGAUGUUCCAGACAGCAAGGCUCGAGUGGCGAUGGUGACAACAGGAAUGUAUCUGUUCGAAGUAUUCUAUUCCCCCGGUGAAGGUCCGGUACCAUUCACCUACUCGGCCGAAGCAUUCCCGUUGCAUGUACGUGAAGUCGGUAUGUCGUGGGCCACCGCCACCACGUGGUGCUUCAACUUCAUCCUCUCGUUUACUUGGCCCAUGCUACUCCGCGCAUUCAAGCCACAGGGAGCCUUUGGGUGGUAUGCCGCUUGGUGUAUCAUUGGCUGGUUCCUCGUACUGCUUUUUGUUCCUGAAACCAAGUCUCUCACCCUGGAAGAACUAGACCAGGUGUUUUCGGUUCCCACCCGGAAGCAUGCAGCAUAUCAGAUCAGGAAUGCCAUCUGGCACUUCCGCGUCUGGAUCCUCCGGCAGAAGCUGGAGCCUAUGCCUAAGCUGUACGAGGGAACUGAACACCUUGCUACUGAAUCCAAGUCAUGA